GCAAGCGCGAGCAAUAAAGCUGAAAACAAGUUAGUCUAUUCAUGAUCGAGCCCUAAUGCAGACCGCAUUUCGAACCGGGGGCCAAAAUGUACGUCUUACCAGCAGACUGUUACAAGUAAACCAAAUCAAGAUUUUAGCAUUUUGUUCAUUAGAACGUAUCAUGAGAUCAUUUUGGCCAGGAAGUAUACUCUCUAAUUAUUAGAGCAGGGACACAAGAAGCAUGUUGAUCUAUAAUCUAAAGUCAUUGCACGCUAAACUAUAAACGCUGCAACUAUUCCGGAUAUUGCUGAAAAAACAUGGAUCUGGACUAUUUUCACCCAGCUCUACUACUUUUACUUGGAGGCGUAUCUGUCUUGCACGUGGCCAAAGCUUCACCGACUUCGCUGACUUACUUCGAGAAGUCUCUUGUCUGCAAUGCCUCAGCGGCUCCCUACUCGAUGCUAACCACCCAAAGGCAUAUGGAGUGUGCUUUUGAAUGCGCCGACCAGGAUGGCUGCGCCGCCUACUUGCGGGUCAACGACUCGGCCUGUUCGUUUUACAAUUGGAGUGUCCUGCAUAACGUGGGUGAGUGUGGCUCCAGCAACGCGGUCAGAGUUUAUUUAAAGCUGACCUCGAGCUGUAAGAAUGGGGCCACAAUGUCAAGCAAUGGGACAUGCCAAUGUGUUGACGGCUAUGUGGGGACAUAUUGCCAACGGCUAAUGGAAGACUGUUUUGAUGGAUAUCUCAACGGCGGAUACAGAACUGACCAGAAGUACUGGAUAAAACCACUUUUGGCGUCGUCUGCUUUCAAGGUGUACUGUCAGAUGAGCCAAGGAACAGGGCUAACAAUGAUUCAGUUACGUACAAACGCAAACAUAGACUUUAACAAAACCUGGCAGAACUACAAAGUCGGGUUCGAGGUGACUGAGAAAGACUUUUGGUUGGGUAACGACUACAUUCAUUGGCUAACGACCAGCAACUCUCAAAUCCUAUUGGUACAGCUGUCGAGCGGGAAGACCAGAAUUUAUCAGUACUACUAUAACGGUUUUAAAAUGGCCAAUGAAGCAGCGAAGUAUGCGGUCACUUUCGAAAAUGGUUGGAGCAAUAACGUCACAGACAGCAAGAAAAACAUGACCGCCUGCUGGCCAGGAACGAGCAUAAAUUUCUCCACUUGGGACCAAGAUAACGAUGGAAAUUAUUUGAACUGUGCACAGAUUUACGGCGCUGGUUUUUGGUUCACAUCUGACAGCUGCACACUUUGUAACCCUAAUGGCGUGAUUAGGCCAGGGGAGAAUGAUCGUCUCAACAUUCCAAGUGAAAACUUCUGGACACCAAACUUGGCUGACUGGACACCAGACAUGGUGGUUAUGCUAUUGUUCAGAAAGCCAUAAUGGUACAUUCAUGGCAUAUAUUCUUAGGCCUAGAAACUUGUGAAAUUUAUAUUUUGCAAAAAAUGACCAUAAAGCAUUCAUAUCAUACAAGUAGAAAUUGAAUUAUAUGCAAUACUUAACUGUACUGCAAGACUAAUACACAUUCAAUCAAUGGUUUUGAUUUGAAUACAUAUAUCAAACAAACAAAAUCAUAGUUUAAUACGACUGAAAACACGUUUCCCUUUGGCCAUCUAUUUUUUCUCUGCAUAAAAACAAUUUUUGAUUAAUAUAUCUUUAUAAUCUCUGACAGAAAUUUACCUUAAAAUGAAGGUUACUAAGUGGUGGUCUAAAACAAUUGGCCAAGGCUAGGCUACUGAGUGGGUAAAUUCUGAAACAGUUUACUAGAAGGCUAAGCUACUGAGUGGGUAAAUUCUGUAACAGUUUACUAGAAGGCUUGACUACAGAGUGGGUAAAUUCUGUAACAGUUUACUAGAAGGCUUGACUACGGAAUGGGUAAAUUCUUAAACAGUUUACUAGAAGGCUUGACUACGGAGUGGGUAAAUUCUGUAACAGUUUACUAGAAGGCUUGACUACAGAGUGGGUAAAUUCUGUAACAGUUUACUAGAAUGCUUAACUACGGAGUGGGUAAAUUCUGAAACAGUUUACUAGAAGGCUUGACUACGGAGUGGGUAAAUUCUGUAACAGUUUACUAGAAGGCUAGGCUACUAUACAAGUGGUAGACGCUAAAACAGUUGACCACAAAGCUAGGUUACUUAAUGAUGUGACUACAUCAGUUGACCUGUAGGCUUGUGGUGGACAAGUUUGGAUGACAUAUCCGAAACCAGUUAUUCUAUGGUUCUGACAUAUAAAUCUUAUAAGUAAAUACAUUGUAUUGGUCAGUGGAUGAUCAUAUUGCUAGAGAAUUUUUCAAAGAAACUAGAGAUAGUUUAGGUAAACUAUAUCACAGACUUUACAACAUAGAGAAACAGAUGACAUUUACAUCAUCUGCCCUAUAGAUCGCACGGUUUGAAAGGGGAACUUUAUUUACAACAGAGAGCAUCAUGACAAUAUGAAUCCACCCCGCAGAUGCUUAUUCACAUUAGCCAAACUUUUUGAAGACCUUGACAUUGUCCUUUCACAGUCUCCUAGGAUCAUAGUUCUGUCAUUAGGUCUCAACAAAUGCUUGAACAACCUAAGCUUUUCUUUUUUUUUUUUCAAAAAGCUUUAUUCGCCAAGUUAUGAGCCAAUAACAUUAAACUAUUAUGGGCUUGGUAUCAUGGGCCUAGAUUUCUUCAGAAAGACUUGGUCCUAAACCCUCAAGUCCAAACUUGCAGUAGCCAUCACAAGAAAUAAAUUUGGAGUUAAAUCUUUUUUAGUGUUAAUUUAUUUCCACAGGAAUUUAUGGAUUUUUAGUACAAAUUAAAUCAUAGUCUUUGCCAUGUAAUUUAGGCUGUAAACUGUAGACAGUUCUAGGUUUGAGAUUUGAUCCAUGAUUUGUGUUUUUUUACUCUAAAAAUUAUUUUUAGUCCGAUGCAAGAUUCUUUAAA